GCUGAUCGGGAACCAGGCCAUCGACUUCCACAAGCAGGAUGGCGUAACUGAGAUCGAAGAGUCGAUCGAGGCAAAUGUGGUGGAGCGGAAGUUGAACGACCUCCUCCUCGCAGAUGAGAGCGCCGGCCGCGUGCGCAUCCAGAGACAGCCUGCUCUAGUGGGCUGCGUCUCGAACUUCUCCAACUUCUUA